AUGGGGGAUAUGGAGCUGACUGAGUAUGCAACCAAGAUUCUGCAAACAAGAUCAGAUGAGUCUAGGUUUUGCUAUACAAUUCCAUGUGGUCGGGAUGAAUUUGAGGUGAGAGACCAACAUGUGCAUUUUCCCAUCAAGCUGAACACUGGAAUUUGUAGUUGUGGGAAGUGGCAGCAUUCAGGUCUGCCAUACAAACAUGCACUAAGGGUGAUUUACCACCAGAGGCUGCAACCUGCAGACUUUGUUGCACCCUGUUUCAAAGGGAAGGCAUACAAGCUAACUUAUGCAGAGCAUAUGCUCCAUAUGCCUGACCCAUCUCAAUGGACAUCAGGGAACCUACCUAACAUACUGCCACUAUUGGUGAAAAGAGCUGCAGGGAGACCAAAGAAGCAAAGAAGAAGAGGGCCAAAUGAAGCAAGGAAAGGGAAGAGGCAUGCAACAGUUAAGUGCAGAUUAUGCAGUGUGUUGGGGCACAACAUGUUGACUUGUGCAUCAAGAAAAAAAAACCCCUGCAACUGA